UUUAAUAAAUCUUAAACAUAAGUUCUGAAGAGCCAUUCUCUGGUGUCCAAGUUACAGAAAAUGAAAACAACUACUUUCCUGGCUCCAAUGUAUCAAUAGUCAGAGUAUCUCUCCAUCCCAAAUCCCCAACCAACCCUAGUGGAACCAAACUGGGCCUGCGUUGGUCUUUUCACUCCUAAUUAGCUGUGUUAAUAGGAUUUGUCUUCUGGUGUUUCCAUGUUGUAAGACAUGCGAUUUAAACCACAGAGAUAUUUAGCCUCUGAAGCUGCAGAGGAGCGACACUUUGACUCAGUAUCCCUUGAACAGUAGUCUACCUACUACCUAACAACUCAUUGUCUUUCUAUCUGGACAUCUAUUGAUAAUCUAACGGGUCUUCAAUCACCUCAACGACCUGUCAAUCAAUCAUCCCGUAGGAGAUUUUCUUGUUUUGUUGUAGCACGUUUGGUGACUACAAACCUGUUUCUGUGUAGCGAGGCACCCAGGACAACUAACCACCAAGAUGUCGAUGGACGAGCCUGAGGAUCUGGAGAUGGAGGGAGAGGAGGGGAUAGACGCCAAGGAGCUGAAGAAGGAGCUGGCUGAGUCCAAGGCAGUUAAAGUGCUGAUGCUGGGUGCUGAGGAGUCGGGGAAAAGCACCAUCGUAAAACAAAUGAAAAUCCUCCACCUGGGUGGUUUUAAUAAGGAGGAGAAGGUGAUGUACAGAGAGGUGAUCUUUGGUAACAUCCUGCAGUCAGCUCUGUCCAUCGUCAGAGGCAUGAGCAUCCUGGGGAUCAAGUACGGAUCACCAGACGCAGAGGAUGAGGGCAAGAAGCUGGAGAACCUUUCCAACUCUACUGAAGAGGGCACCAUGCCUUCUGAGCUGGCUGAGUGCAUCAAGAAGCUGUGGCUGGACCCUGGUAUCCAGGAGUGCUUUGAGAGAGCAGCUGAAGGCUACCAGCUCCUCGACUCCGCUCACUACUUCCUCAGUGACCUUGACCGCAUCACCGUGGCUGACUUGACCCCCAAUGACCAAGACAUCCUACGGUGCAGGAUCACGACCGGCGGGGUUAACGAGGAGAGGUUCAUCUGCAGAGACAUCCAAUUCAGGAUGUUUGAUAUGAGCGGUAGAAGAGAAGAGAGGAAGAAGUGGAUCCACUGCUUCCAGGGCGUCCAUUGCGUCCUGUUCUGUAGUGCCCUCAGCGCGUAUGACCUGGUGCUGCUGGAGGACGAGGAAAUGAACCGCAUGCACGAGUCUCUCCACCUAUUCAACAGUAUCUGCAACCACAGGUUCUUCGAGGACACCAUCCACGUGCUCUUCCUCAACAAGAAGGAUGUCUUCCAAGAGAAAAUCAAGCAUGUCCACCUCAAUGUCUGCUUCCCUGACUACGAUGGGCCAAAUACAUACGAAGACGCCAGUAACCACGUGAAGAUGCAGUUUGAGUCUCUGAACUUGAAGCAGGCGGAGAAACCCAUCUAUACCCACGUCACCUGCGCUGUAGACACACAGGACGUGAACCAGGCCUUCGACACCGUCACAGACAUCAUCAAAAUCAAUCUAAAAGAUGCCGGGCUGUUCUGAGGCAUGACCCUCUAUAUUACUGCCUGAUGCAUGCACACACACACACACACACACACACACACACACACACACACACACACCUCAGUGCCCAGUAGGAAAUCCCUGUCUGAGACCCGACAUCAGUCCUGUCGCCUCACUGACACACUGUAAUAAGGGCCAGCUGUGGCCAAACUAUCGGCAAUUCACUUAUAACACACGGUGACAUACUGUAUUUGCCUUGACAUGCCAUUAAUAUUGCCUUGGUCUUAUGCGCUUUGUCCCUUCUAGUACAUUUUGUUUCUAUG